AUGGCUGAAUCCGGCCGACGCAAACCGUCCGCGGAGCGUCCGCAGAUGGACAGGAUGCGCCGCAGCAGCUCCUACUUGAGCGACCACCAGCAGUACAGACCGCCAAAGCCAGAAACGUACCACGGCAUCGACGAGCUGGUUGAGGGAGGACGCCCGUCGCCCUUGGCCUCCUCUCCCAAGACCUUGCUGCCCUUCCGAGGCGUGCCCCAGGACGGUAUGCCCGCGACCAUAGUAGAGAGCGGAGUGAGCCACGGCCUGUCGCAUCCCAACUGCGCGCCGCCGGCUGGACACAAGUCGGAUCGCCUGGUGGCCACCUUAUUCUACAGGGGCUCUUCAUCUUCUUCCUCUGCUGCCGGCUCUCCGUCUGCUUCCACGAGAUCGGCUGGCCUGCCGGAGAGCAACGACGCGCUGCCGCCCAACAUGGCGCCCACGAGCAACAUGGACGAGUUCCCGCUGGAGCCUCCGACCCAGGAAUCGGAGCAGCUGGACCACAUCUACGGCUCGUACAUCUCGCCACUCUGCAUAGCGUCCUUCCUGCACCUCAUGUCGACCUUUCCUCAGUCCCGGGGAGCCGGGGAACCGCACUCGUCACACCGCUGCCUCGACAACCCCGAGACACCGCGCAUUGUAGAGCUCACACUCUCGCCAACCCCAACGCCUGACUGUCUCAGUCUGUCUGACCUGCGGAAGCACGAGAUGAUUUACCGUUUCGAGCAGGAGUGGAGCGUGGACGUUGUGCUGCAGCCAGACCUCGUCUGGCGUAGACACCCUCGCUUGGUCGUCUUUGACAUGGACAGCACCCUCAUCACGCAGGAAGUGAUUGAGCUCAUGGCCGAUACCAUCAAAGAACCCGCGGACCUGGCGGCCCGCGUAGCGGAGAUCACUCGCCGAGCCAUGAUGGGCGAGCUGGAGUUUGAGGCGUCGUUCCGCGAACGGGUCGCCCUGCUCAAGGGUGUCAGUGCGACGGUGUUUGACGACCUGCGGCCUGUUGUCGACGUCACCAAGGGCGUCCCCGAGCUCAUCAGGGCUCUCAAGCGACUGGGCGUCAAGACGGCGGUGCUGUCUGGCGGAUUCCAACCGCUAACCGCCUGGCUGGCUGGGCAGCUGGACAUCGACUACGCCUUUGCCAACGAGGUUGUCGUCGACGAGGGCAAACUGACGGGCGAAGCCAAGGGCAAGAUUGUCGGCAAGGAGCGCAAGCGCGAUCUCCUCGUCGAGAUUGCGGCCAAGGAGGGUAUUCACCUGUCACAGGCGGUGGCUGUUGGCGAUGGUGCAAACGACCUGCUGAUGCUGCGCGAGGCCGGGCUGGGCGUGGCGUGGAAUGCGAAGCCGCGGGUGCAGAUGGAGGCGGAUGCGAGGUUGAAUUCGGACAGUCUGCUGGACUUGCUGUACUUGUUUGGAUUUACGGCUGAAGAGAUACAGAUGCUGUGUACGGAGGUGUGA